AUGCAGGAAUCAGAAACCCCCAAAUCAGCGCCUUCACGAAGACGAGCAUCCAAAGCUUGUAUGAACUGUCGCGUCAGGAAAGUCCGCUGCGAUGUUGUCCGAAACCCUGAAAGGUGUACUAAUUGUGCGCUUGAUGAUGCCGAAUGCACUGUCGUAGCCCGGAGGGCCAAAUACUUCCAGCAGCAACAAGAGCCUAAAGCCGCUGCGGUCGCGGACCUUAUCUCUCCGCAAAUCUUGGAUCAGUCUUCUUUGCUCUUUGAGAGUCCGUCUGAUCAUAACCCUAAGAGCCCAUCAACGUGCUUCGAGGAUACUGAAGACUUGACAACAAGGUGGUGCACUGAGCAGGUGAAACAGCAGUCAAUAAUUCCAGGCCAAGGACAUCAUGAACUUGAGCCAUGUGGAGCACCAGGGAGUACAAUAUCACAUCAAGGUGUAGCACCAAACGCCAGAUCACACAUCACAUACUCAUAUUACCCAUUCCUUACCGUCGACAUGUCUGGGCUGGAGCCCGAUGAUGUUUACUAUCUUGAGUCUCGGAAUUGUCUCAGUGUUCCUACGCCCGACGCCUUAGACCACUUCAUUCGAGAGUACUUUCUGCAUGUGCAUCCCGGUCUUCCUUUGUUGGACGAGGCCCAGUUUUGGGCUGUUUACUCUGGUGACAAGGAGCCGUGCGGAAGACCAACGAUCUCACUGUUCUUGUUCCAGGCAAUGCUGUUUGCCUCAUGCAGCUUCGUACCUUUCUCGACAUUGAAGUGUCUUGGUUUCACCUCCAGGCGCAAUGCUAGAGAACGAUACUAUCGUCGCGCCAAGCUUCUACUAGACAUCUGUUCUGGCAGGGACCUCGUGUCUAAUGCACAAGGUGCAUUACUACUAACUUACUACGCCACCGGUCGAGACCGAGCGCGUUCAAAUUCCAUUUUACUUGCGACAGCUAUUCAGUAUGCACAGGGUGCAGAAGCCGACCAGUUCCAUAAAAGGCCAGAUCAAGACUCGGAUGCGACUAAUAAACUGAAGAGGCUUUGGUGGUGCUGCAUCGUACGAGAUCGGAUCUUGCCUCUUGGUGUUCGGAGACAGUUGCAUAUUACCUCCAUAAACCCAGCUCUGGAUCACUUGACCGAACAAGACUUUGAGAAAGAGAUUCAAGGGUCACAGGUAUACUCAUCGCAAACCAAAAGGAGUCUAGUCCAGAUAUUUGUCAGUCUCUGCGAACUGGCAAUUCCAUUCACCAGCGUGGUACAGACGGUCUAUGGCAUGGGGCAGUCCGCUGCAGAUGCUAUUUCUCCGAUGAUCGAGCACCGAAAACAGAUUGAAGAGUCUAUCAGGUUCUGCGAGAUCAGCUUGGACGCCUGGUACGACAAGGCCAGUAUCCAAUUCCCUACCCCUGCUGGGAUCAUAAGUCCUGAGAAGUCGCUCGUUCUAUAUACGAAUCUGAUGUACAUAUACUAUUACUCUGCGCGCGUCGCGCUAUACCAAUACGAGGCUUUCAUCAUCAGUCUUACCUCGCCUGGGGUCAGUAUGGACGACAAGCUGCAUCAGACGCGGCUCCAGCUAGAAGACGCUACACUGGGGAUCACAAACAACCUGAAGGAACUAGUUCAACUCAAAGUCGCCAGAUUUCUUCCAGUCAGCAUCAUUGCGUAUGCAGCACUUCCACUCGUACUACACCUUCUAGACGUUAGGUUAGCAAAGGUACCGUCGCAGACAGCCCGAAAGCAAGGCAGACUUAACAUAUACGUGGAAACGAUGAAGGGAUUGCAGAACCUUUAUGAUGGUGUUGACGAUGUCUGGGCUUUCAUCAGGGCUGCUAUUGACUCGGCAACUUCUGGGACUUUGGAUACCUGUUCAACAAGAGCUGAUUUCAUUUCGAGUAGUGCACUUUGCUCCAAACCAUCAGCGCCUAUCCAGGUAGCUGACGACUGGGGUAAGUUCUUAUUACAGGAACCUAUUCUUUAUUUCCGCCUCUCUAGGACGAUUGAUCUCUCAUUGGCGGUUGGUUGUUAUGCAGAGGACUCUUCGCUUAGUUUGCUACUGGCCACAGCAAAGUUUCCAAGUCCAAGCCUCAUCUUUGUCAAUAUUGACAUUGCUACUGAAGGCCAGGUGUCAGCUACUAGCUGCGAUAAAGCAUCUAUGGAGGACAAAGGAAACACAGAGAUGGAGGACGUUUGUGCUGAAAUGAGAUGUGACAUUUUUGAUGACAUUGGAAACUUGGAUGGAUAUGGCUUCGAAGCAGAGUCUUUCCAAACCCCUGAGUUCCUGGAUAUGUUUGAGUUGGAAGUGGAAGAUGUGUUGAAUAGCGCAUGA